ACCGGAACAAUAACGCAUACGCUUCCUAUUCCCAGAAUGCACCGCGGCGGUACGACUUCACAAAUGCACGAGCAAACAUGUCAGAAUCGGGCCACAGUCAGCCUGGCAUGUAUGGACCGGGACGCAGGAGAAGGCGACGCCGUGGGGAGCGGGACAUAGGACCUCCAGGCCAGAAUCUGUCCGGUCCUAGUCGGGAUCGAGAAUACCAACCUCGGGAACGAAGGGACGGAAGUGAAGACCCACCGGGCCCCCUCAUUCAGAAGACCCCCAUCAUUCUGGCCAAGCCCCCCGGGGAGAGGGCCAAGCCAUCACAGAAUACACCCGUCAGCGGGGCUCCAGUUCUUGACAAGCCGAUCAUGCUCAUGAAAGCUCGGGACGACGCAGCAAAGCCGGCGACUCCUCCGGAGGCGACGCCUCAGCCUUCUGGUCCCGGGCCCUCCAAAGUGGAGAGGGAAGGCCAACGACCCACCCAGCCUGUCUACCAGAUCCAGAACCGAGGAAUGAGUGCUUCUGCAACUAGCAGCGCUGUGGACCCCUUGGUUGGCCAAGCCAAACUCAUCCCACCAGAGAAGAUGAAGCACAGCAUCAAGCUUGUGGAUGAGCAGAUGAACUGGUGUGACAGUGCCAUGGAGUACCUGCGAGACCAAACAGAUAUGCUGGUGGUGGGCGUCGUUGGCCUGCAGGGAACUGGGAAAUCGACUGUCAUGUCUCUGCUAUCGGCCAACACCCCUGAAGAAGACCCAAGGGGUUAUGUAUUCAGAGCGCAGACUCAAGAGAUUAAGGAGCGUGGUGGAAACCAGAGCACGGGAAUUGACUUUUUCAUCACGCAGGAGAGGAUCAUCUUCUUGGACACCCAGCCAAUUCUCAGCCCCUCUAUCCUGGACCACCACAUCAACAAUGAUCGCAAGUUGCCCCCAGAAUACAACCUGCCUUACACAUAUGUGGAGAUGCAGUCUCUUCAGAUUGCCGCCUUCCUGUUUACAGUGUGCCAUGUGGUCGUUGUGGUUCAAGACUGGUUCACUGACUUAAACCUCUACAGGUUUCUUCAAACGGCCGAGAUGCUGAAACCUUCCACUCCGUCCGCAAGCCACGACAGCACGGGCUCUUCUGGCAGUGAUGACGGCGCAGAGUACUAUCCGCAUAUAGUGUUCCUCCAGAAUAAGAGCAAGCGUGAGGACUUCUGCCCGAGGAAUCUCAAGGACAUGCAUAAUGUGGUGGACAAAUUAAUGGCCCACUCCCACCUCAAAUACAAAGGUUCGCUGUCCAUGCUAGACUGCAAUAUCUUGCCUGGUCUGGGCCAGAACUUUAUGACGACUGAAGUCAACAUGUUCUUGCUGCCCAUGCAGGACAACGACGGCGAGGAUAAUCUGACGAAAGCAGGUUCCACAAUGACGUAUCCCCUCUUCUCCUUGCUGCCGGGUUACAAGGGCCACCCUUCGUUCUCCACCAUGGUCUCCAAGCUGCGCAGCCAAAUGAUGGCCAUGCCCCGCUGUCAGCUGUCACACACCAUCCUCACUGAGAAGAACUGGUUUCACUACGCCGCUCGAAUCUGGGAUGGUGUCAAAAAAUCCUCCGCCCUCUCCGAAUACAGCCGCCUGCUGGCCUAGACUCGUAGCCCUGAUGGUUUUUUCCACAAGUCCCCGUAAACGGGAUACACGGCUAUGAAAACUUUGCAGCCAUUGGCUAAGGAUGCCAUCGCCAGGGAACGUGGACCGUUUGGCGCUCCUUGUCAGGUUACCUGUCCCGUACCUUCCUUCCCAGGGAAAUGGGCGCAGUUGAGCUGUUGGAGGUGCGCUCCGCAUCGCAGUGGUGGGAAAGAGAAAAAGCAGUUGUGCAGACAAGUCCAAACAUGAUGAAACGUCUGUUAUUGACCCGUGGGACUGUUGUACAGCUGGUGCAAGACUUUGGUGAAAAAUAAAAGAAAAGCCUUU